AUGUCGCCUCUGACUGUACCACUUCAAAAUCCUCAGACUCCGCAAGGACUAUCAGAACAGGACGUCCAGAGGAUUGUAUCAGAGACAAUUUCACAUCUUCAGCAAACAAACGUAUCAAAUGAGGAUUCUCAAGAUGCGCGCCAGGAUGAUUCCCACUCAGGAUAUCGAGACCCUUCGCGUGGCCGACCUCGUGCACGUCGAUCAAGACACGAGCGUCAGGCCAUGUCGACUCUCCAAGAGGAGCCAAGGGUCACAGAGGUUGAAACAUCCUCGGUCGAGGGAGAGGCACAGGAGGAUCAAUCUGCAAAUACGCAAACUGCCGAUUGGUUUCUCGACUAUGUGAAGCGAUUUGAUGAAAUUUCCACACGUGGAAAAGGGUCCAAACUUCCACAGAAGAACGUGGCUAUGCCAACUACGGCCUCAGGCUCACGAGAAACUGGAAACAAGGAACAUCGGGAGCAAAAGGCUGUAGCUCUCGCCCAGCCAAAAGUCCCUCUCCAGCUAGAGGACCCAGUCCGGCUCAGCAACCCAAUCUUCCCAAGAACUCCAGCUCGACAAGAGCCUCCGGUUGCACCGAACCCUCCAAUUUCAUAUGCAGAUGUGGCGCUGGCCAAAAAGGACGCAGUCCUUGCACAAACCCCCAAGGUAGAAGCCUCGGGGUCUGCCAUGCCAAAGAUGCCAGAACAGAAGUGCUCGCGAGAAAACCCGGAUGUGUGGCCUUAUGAUUUUUAUAAAAUGAGCAAAUGGAGGCCUGGAUACACAAGAAAAAAACAUUUCCCCGGUGUAACAUGCACGAAUUGCAAGGGGUCGCACCCAACCUCUCUGUGUGAAAAGUGCAGAAACCUCUGGGAAGUGUGGAGUUACAAAGUCCAGAAAGGCGAGUGCUCAAACAAGGACUGUCCGGGGAAUCCCAAGACACACGCGACUGAAGCCUGUGGCCUCGGAGAAUGGCGGGACCAUCCAGACAACGAGUGCCCAGAAGAAUUGAAGGAGUUUGAGCGUCCAUGGCCGCAAGGCGGCGCGAUGUAUCCACUCCCUUUAUACUACCUGAAGGCGAUUGGGGAACGUCCCCACCCAAAGCUGCCAAAGCUUCCUGACAGGUGGGACGGGGGGUUUCACAUGGGUUUCUGGGACCUUCGAAAGGGACUUCACUACUCCGUGUUGAGACAGACGGCGAUAACUAUGAAUUGGGAAGUGCCCGAAUACGACCCGGAAAAAUUUCUCCGCGAUGGCGGACUUGGGCUUGUGAAAGGCACGCUCAGAUAG